AUGAAAACCCGUGAGUUGAAAGCCUUUCUCAAAAAGAAGGGCAUUUUCGUGGACGAUUGCUUUGACACCGAUUCGCUGAUACAGCGUGCAGCUGCAACGGAGGAGGAUUGGGGUUCGAGCAGUGAACGAUCAAAAGCUGACUCGGUAUCAAAAUCUGCCGACGUCAGCAACGCGGCAAAAGACAGGCCUCCCGAAGCGAAUGAGAUUCAGAAGGCUUGGGACCGGCUUUGCGAAGCUUGGCCAGGUGAAUCACCACGAGUGCUUGGUCCUCAUGAUGCUGAUAAAACGGUCAUUAUGCUCCACGGCUUUGGGGACGAAAACGCGCAGUUCCUGUCUGAUACCUUCCAGCCGCUUCUCAACACACAAGGCCUGCGCUUGAUUCUGCCACAAGCCCCGAAGGAAACUUUGCAGGGUCAGCAGCUUCAGUCCUGGUUCCUACCGAUGAAUGGACAGUGGAUUAUUGACGACCAGGUUGUUCAACCCGUGGCUGCGUAUCUGCACGCAAUGGUGCGGAGAGAGAUUGCCCUCGGCGUGCCAGCUCAUCGGAUCAUCAUCGGUGGCUUUGCACAGGGUGCUGGCUGUGCCGUCCGCGCAGCCUUGAGUUUCCCAGAUGCACCGCUCGGCGGUGCAAUUGCCCUCUCUGGGUUCUUUGGUGCACCAGAAGUGGUUAGCUCCCUGGCAGCAAUGCCAUGGGGCUACCUCUUGUCUGAGAUUCAGACGUGCCACCUAGAAUGGACUUCAGGAAUGGAAUUCUGCUCGACAUUACACAAGCUUAUCCAUGACUCAGGCAUUGCUCCAUCGAAUCGCCGCUUGCCGGUCUUGAUUUGUCACGGGAAGACUGAUGAAGUUGUGCCUUUCGAUGAAGGUGCGAGGAUGGCCACCCUGCUGGGCAAGAAAGAUAGCCAGAUGCCUGUGGUGUUCAAGGAGUAUGACAUGAAGCAUGGCAUCGCCAGUGACGAGAUGAUGAGCAUCCUUGAAUUUGUUGACCAGAGGAUGUCAGAGGUCCCGGCAGAACCACUGGCCUUUGAUCCUGCAAAUCUUGCUCCGGAUCCAGAGCCACAAACCCCAAGCACUCAGACACAGCUGGAAGAGGAGGCUGGUGUCCCGACUAUGGACCCACAGCUCACACUCCAGCUGCUCAAUGACCAGGAAAUUGCAGAUGCUGCCACAGAUCCCGAGGGUAUGGCUGUGAUACAGGAUGUUAUCAUGGAUCCUUCCAACCUGGAGCUGCACAAGCAGAACCCGAGGGUGUCAAAAUUGGUCGCGAAGUUAGAACAGAUCUUGACAAAGGGUGGUGCCGGCGCAGCUUGA